CGACCUUCCGCCCACUUCUCGUGUGCAGCCAAGUCUGCUUGACUCCUGAAGUCCACAGCAGCAGGUCCAUACACACCAUGGCCUUCAUCACCCACCAGGUCUGCAGAGGUUUCUGCUCCUCAGCCGUCAGGAAUGUUGUUAUUAAGCAGGUAACGAUCAUCGGAGGCGGGCAGAUGGGAGCAGGAAUCGCUCAGGUCGCUGCAGCCACUGGCCACUCGGUGACGCUGGUGGACACGAGUGACGACAUCCUGAAAAAGGCUGUGAAAGGAAUUGAAGGGAGCCUGAAAAGAGUGGUCAAGAAGAAGUUUGCAGACAAGCCAGAGGCGGGUGAAGAGUUCAUCCAGAAAACCCUGCAGAACGUGUCGACCUCCACAGAUGCCGGAUCUGUCGCUCAGGGCUCGGAUCUCGUGUUGGAGGCCAUUGUGGAAAAUCUAAAAAUCAAACAGGAUCUGUUUGGUCAUCUUGACAAGGCCGCGCCAGCACACACCAUCUUUGCCAGCAACACAUCCUCUCUGCCCAUCUCGGACAUCGCCAGCGCCACCGGCCGGCUGGACAGGUUCGGCGGCCUUCACUUCUUCAACCCAGUCCCAAUGAUGAAGCUUGUAGAGGUCGUCGCAACCUCGGCAACAAGCCAAGAGACGUUCGAUUCCCUCCUGAACUUCAGCAAGAAGCUGGGAAAAACACCAGUGUCCUGCAAGGACACUCCAGGAUUCAUCGUAAACCGCCUGCUGGUCCCGUACAUGAUGGAGGCCCUCCGGCUGCAUGAGAGAGGUCAUGGAUCCAAAGAGGACAUUGACAUCGCCAUGAAGCUCGGAGCAGGUUAUCCCAUGGGCCCCUUUGAGCUUGCCGACUACGUAGGAUUAGACACCCUGAAGUUCAUCAUGGAUGGCUGGAGUGCGAAGGAACCCAACAACCCCCUCUUUGCUCAGAGUGAACUGCUGAACAAACUGGUUGCAGAAGGGAAAUGGGGCAAAAAGACCAGAGAGGGAUUCUACAAGUCCAAGUGAUUCAGUUUGACAGUGUUGCUGGUUUUGUCGCUGUGGAACUAGUCAGAGCUUGAGAAAAUAAACCCUCCAACGAGGACUGAUCAGAGACAGAGAUAGAAAAAGUGCCUCCUACAAUAAAGUCGACUUUUGUCUGUCGGUCCAUUUUUCUAAUGGACGUCCACUGAU